AUGACGCUCAAUAGUGAAGAUCUCUCAUCCCUAUCACAGGGAGUCGCAUCAUCCGUUUCAAAAUUCCAAUCUACGGGAGACGAAAAUGAUCGGUUGCAAGCUUUGGAGGAGGCUAGACAUCUCACUAGGGUCUUGCAAGCUCCAGCCCAUCUGAUAAAGGAUGUAUUCUUGUCGCCUGGUAUCCCUAUGGCCAUCAAAAUAGCUCACGACAUGGGCAUAUUUGCUUGCUUGAGCAAGGCUACGUCGGUUGUGACCUGCGAGGAGCUUGCGGCACCUACAGGCGCCGAUCAGGUCCUUGUCGAAAGGAUCAUGCGUGUGCUUAACGCCAAUGGGUUUGCUGCCGAGGAGUCGUCUGGUCGAUUCAUGGAUCUCCUACCUGCGUAUCAUAAAACGCCUAUGUUCCUCAGUCAAACGCAAUAUAAAAACCCAGGCGACCAUAGAAACGCGCCUUUCCAACGCGCGUAUGACACGAAGCUGUCAUUUUUCGAAUGGCUAGGUCAAAAUCCGCCGGCCUUGGCCCGGUUCAAUACCUUCAUGGAAGGGACUCGAGCUCAUUUCAGUCACUGGGCUGAAUGGUUCCCUGUCCAAGAUAGAUUGAUUGACGGAGCCCGGUGCGAUGGUCGCACUCCAUUUUUGGUGGAUAUCGGCGGAGGUCGUGGCCACGAUCUCAUGGGACUGAAGCUAAGAUAUCCCCAGCUCCCUGGACCACUGGUCCUUGCAGAAAUGCCCUGGGUCAUAGACGAGAUCCAGAGCCUGGAUAGUGAUAUCCAGAGAGUCAAGCAUGACUUUUUCACCGCUCAGCCAGUGAAAGGAGCACGUGCUUAUUACCUGAAGUGGAUUCUUCACGACUACACCGAUGAAAACUGCCGCAAGAUCCUACUCAAUAUAGUGGGGGCGAUGGAAAGAGGCUAUUCAAAGAUCUUGAUUGAAGAAAAUGUGCUCCCUGAAAUCAAUGCUGGUUAUACCGAAACUAUGCUUGAUAUGAUUCUUAUGGCCGUAUGCCCUGGUAUAGAGCGUACGGAGGCGAUGUGGACUCGACUCUUCAGCUCGGUUGGUCUGAAGAUCUCUAAGAUUUGGGCGCCUACCCGUGACACGACAGGGAUUAUGGAGCUUGAAUUACAGGAUUGA